CAAUCCGAGAAGCACCCAGAUCGCUAGCGAGCUGUCGCUGAAGCCCAGCCACGAUGUUUCGGAUCGAGGGCCUCGCGCCGAAGCUGGACCCCGAGGAAAUGAAGCGGAAGAUGCGCGAGGACGUGAUCUCCUCCAUACGGAACUUUCUUAUUUACGUGGCUCUGCUGCGAGUCACUCCAUUUAUCUUAAAGAAAUUGGAUAGUAUAUGAAGAUGUGGCAUCGCCUGAGAACGCAUGAUGUGAAGAAUCUGGUUCCGGUCUCCUCCCAUCUGCAAAUGAAUAGACCCAGAAAGAUAGACCAGACUCUGAAUGGACUUAAAAAUUCUGCUUGACAAGAACAAGUCUUUUUUUUCUUGGUGACUGACUGACUAUGUAAAAUUAAUUGGGAAAUGUGAAAAGGUUUCUUGUGGUAUUGCACCCUUUUGCCUCUGAUUCUCGGCCUCUGUGAAUGUUGAUGUAAUUAUAAAUCAUGUCAAACUUCAUUUUCCAGCAUGUCUUCAUCACAAGUGUCUGCAGCAGGUCUGUCUUGACUGCCAUCUCUGUAGACCUUUUUCUUUUGGUCCAGAAUGUAGUUGUGAAGAGUCCAUGACACUUAAGUUACAUUUUGUGGAAGUCAGCACAGAGCCACAAUGAUAUUUGAGCACAGAGCCAUUAGUCUAUAUGUUGGGGUUGUUUUUAAUAAAUGUAUCAGUGUAAAAA